AUGGGAAAGCUGGCCAUAUCCGGACUGGGUGGCGUGAACAUCUUGUCCACUGUCUUCGUCACUGCUCCUCCACUCUUUCUCCUUCCGUUGGCACCUCGUUUCUCGCAUCGCCUUCUCCGUUUACUUCCUCAACCGAUCCAAUUUGCCGCCGUCUAUGCACUCAUUUUUUUGAAUCCGCUCUUUGCGCAAAUGGCCGUGAAUAGCACAUGGUUUCCCACUACUCGCUUUAUUGCUUCCUGCCAGCGACCAGUUGAACAGCCUCCGACAGCUCACCGAAACGUUUCACAUCGUCGUGAACCCAGUCCAACGGGAUCAACGCCGCUCAAGAUUUCCGCAUCUGGUAACACCACGGCCUACCAUCAACCCGCAGCAACUGUAAAGUAA